GUCUCACAUCCAGGUCACGCUGAUGCAAGAGGUGGGCUCCCUCAACCUUGGGCACCUCUGCCCCUGUGGCUUUGCAAGGUACAGCCCCUACUCCUGGCUGCUUUCACAGCUGGCACUGAGUGUCUGUGGCUUUUCCGGGUGCACAGUGCAAGCUGUCAGUGGAUUGACCAUUCUGGGGUUCUUGAGGAUGGAUGGCGGCCCUCUCCUCACAGCUCUACUAGGCAGUGCCACAGUGGGGACUCUGUGUGGGGGCUCCAAUUCCCACAUUUCUCUUUGCACUGCCCUAGCAGAGGUUCUCCAUGAGGGCUUUGCCCCUGUAGCACACCUCUGCCUGGACACCUAGGCGUUUCUGUACAUCCUCUGAAAUCUCGGCAGAGGUUCCCAAACCUCAAUUCUUGUCUUCUGUGCACCCACAGGACCAACACACCACAUGGAAGCUGCUGAGGCUUGGGGCUUGCACCCUCCGAAGCCAUGACCCGAAUUGUACCUUGCCUCCUUUUAGCAAUGGCUGGAGUGGCUGGGCACAGGGCACCAAGUCCCUAGGGUGCAUACAGCAAGGGGCCCUGGACCAGGCCCAGGAAACCAACCAUUUUUUCCUUUUAGGAUUCUGGGCCUGUGAUGGGAGGGGCUGCCAUGAAGCUCUAUGAUGUGUCCUGGAGACAUUUUCUCCAUUGUCUUGGCGAUUAACAUUUGGCUUCUCCUUACUUAGGCAAAUUUCUGUAGCUGGCUUGAAUUUCUCCCCAGAAAAUGGGUUUUUCUUUUCUUUUCUUUUUUUUUGAGACAGAGUUUCACUCUUGUUGCCCAGGCUGGAGUGCAGUGGCGCAAUCUUGGCUCACUACAACCUCCACCUCCUGGGAUCAAGCGAUUCUCCUGCCUCAGCCUCCCGAGUAGCUGGGAUUACAAGCAUGUGCCACCACGGCCAGCUAAUUCUGUAUAUUUAGUAGAGAAGGGGUUUCUCCAUGUUGCUCAGGCUGCUCUCAAACUCCUGACCUCAGGUGAUCCGCCCGCCUCAGCCUCCCAAAGUGCUGGAUUACAGGCAUGAGCCACCAUGCCCGGCUGGGUUUUUCUUUUCUGUUCCAUUGUCAGUCUGCAAUUUUUCCAAACUUUAAUGUUCUGUCACCUCUUGAAUGCUUUGCUGCUUAGCAGUUUCUUCCACCAGAUACCGUAAGUCAUCUCUCACAAGUUCAAAGUUCCACAGAUCUCUAGGGCAGGGGCAAAAUGCCGCCAGUCUCUUUGCUGAAACGUAACGAGUCACCUUUGCUUCCAGUUACCAACAAGUUUCUCGUCUCCAUCUGAGACCACCUCAGCCUGGACUUUAUUGUCCAUAUCACUACCAGCAUUUUGGUCAGAGCUAUCCAAGAAGUCUCUAGGAAGUUCCAGACUUUCCCACAUCUUCCUGUCUUUUGAGCCCUCCAAGUCUCUAGGACGUUCCAAACUUUCCCACAUUUUCCUGUCUUCUUCCAAGCCCUCCAAACUGUUCCAACCCUUGCCUGUUCCCCAGUUCCAAAGUUGCUUCCACAUUUUCAGGUAUCUUUACGGCAGAGCACCCCACUACUCAGUACCAAUUUACUAUAUUAGUCCAUUCUCACGCUGCGAAUAAAUACAUACCUGAGACUGGAUAAUUUAUAAAGGAAAGAGGUUUAAUUGACAUACAGUUUAGCAUGGCUGCGAAGGCCUCAGGAAACUUAAAUCAUGAUGGAAGGAAAAGCAAACAUGUCCUUCACAUGGUGGCAGCAAGGAGAAGUGCAGAGCGAAAAGGGGGAAAAGCCACUUACGAAACCAUCAGAUGUCGUGAGAACUCACUAUCAUGAGAACAGUAUGGAGGAUUCAGUGGCCUUUGAGGAUGUGGCUGUGAACUUCACCCUGGAGGAAUGGGCUUUGCUGGAUCCUUCCCAGAAGAAUCUCUACAGGGAUGUGAUGCGGGAAACCUUCAGGAACCUGGCUUCUAUAGGAAAACAAUGGGAAGACCAGAACAUUGAAGACCCAUUCAAAAUUCCCAGGAGAAAUAUAAGUCAUAUUCCAGAAAGACUCUGUGAAAGUAAAGAAAGUGGUCAAGGUGAAGAAACCUUCAGCCAGAUUCCAGAUGGUAUUCUGAACAAGAAAACUCCUGGAGUAAAACCGUGUGAAAGCAGUGUGUGUGGAGAAGUUGGCAUGGGUCCUUCAUCCCUUAAUAGGCACAUCAGAGAUCACACUGGACGUGAACCAAAUGAAUAUCAGGAAUAUGGAAAGAAGUCGUAUACACGUAACCAAUGUGGACGGGCCUUGAGUUAUCAUCGCUCUUUUCCAGUACGUGAAAGGACUCAUCCUGGAGGAAAGCCCUAUGAUUGUAAGGAAUGUGGAGAAACCUUUAUUUCUCUUGUAAGCAUUCGAAGACACAUGUUAACGCAUAGGGGAGGUGUACCUUACAAAUGUAAGGUGUGUGGGAAAGCCUUUGAUUAUCCCAGUUUAUUUCGUAUACAUGAAAGAAGUCACACUGGAGAGAAACCUUAUGAAUGCAAGCAAUGUGGGAAAGCCUUCAGUUGUUCCAGUUACAUUAGAAUACAUGAAAGGACUCACACUGGAGAUAAACCCUAUGAAUGCAAGCAGUGUGGAAAAGCUUUCAGUUGUUCCAAGUACAUUCGAAUCCAUGAACGAACUCACACAGGAGAGAAACCCUACGAAUGUAAACAGUGCGGUAAAGCCUUUAGGUGUGCCAGUUCUGUUCGAAGUCACGAAAGGACUCACACCGGAGAGAAACUUUUUGAAUGUAAGGAAUGCGGGAAGGCUUUGACUUGUCUCGCAAGUGUUCGAAGACACAUGAUAAAGCACACUGGCAACGGACCUUAUAAAUGUAAGGUGUGUGGGAAAGCCUUUGAUUUCCCCAGUUCAUUUCGAAUCCAUGAAAGGACCCACACUGGAGAGAAACCCUAUGAUUGUAAGCAAUGUGGGAAAGCCUUCAGUUGUUCCAGUUCGUUUCGAAAACAUGAAAGAAUUCACACUGGAGAGAAACCCUAUAAAUGUACAAAAUGUGGGAAAGCCUUUAGUCGUUCCAGUUACUUCCGAAUCCAUGAAAGAACUCACACUGGAGAGAAACCCUAUGAAUGUAAGCAAUGUGGGAAAGCCUUCAGUCGAUCCACUUACUUUCGAGUACAUGAAAAAAUUCAUACUGGAGAGAAACCCUAUGAGAACCCUAACCCUAACCCUUCAGUUGUCCCAGUUCUUUCAUGAGCGUGAAAGGAGUCACAUAGAGAAACCCCGUGAAAGUAAGAAAUUCAGGAAAGCCUUCAGUCCUUUCUAUUUCUUUCAACUACAUGGAAGGAUUCACAGUGGAGAAAGACCCUGUAAGAUAAUUGGCUUUAAAUUACGAGACACUUGUGAUAGGACAGUAAAACCUAGAGUUGGAGUUGCAUCUCUGGAUUGUGUUAUGUCAGUGUUGGUAGGUUAGGAACUAGAUUUCCCAGAAUCCAUUCCAUUUGUUAUUCCAUGAUACAAUUCACCAGUAACCGAUCUUACAUGAGAUUUGGAAGUAAGUUAAGGAGGCAUUAGUCAUGGUUUGGAAGCACAAUACAGGGAGACAGCCAUGUGAAUACAGGCUGUAUGGACACCUGCUUCCAUCCCAUUUUCCUGCUUCUUUGGGUUGCCAAUCAAGAGUAUCUUCAAAAUGACUUGACUUUAAUUUUCUCGGAGGUGAUAGGUUUCCACACAGGUCUCCAGAAGCCCCACGUUGAAGAUCCAUCCACACUUUGGUUUUCCUUCAGACAUUAUUAUGUGUGUACUAGGCAACUAAUUCAGACUGUCCUGGUUGGGAAUAUUCUGUGAUGCUCUGACUCCCCUAGUCUGUAGACUGAACUGGCAUAAGGUCUAAUUUGUAUAGUAAGCACCUUUGUUUAUACUAGUAGUGACUGUAUUCUUGAUUCAGCCUGAUAGCUACCAUGCUGCUGUCAAAACCAACCAGAGGGGAGCUUGUUCUUCUGCUGUACUGUGCAGUGACUGGCCUCACCCAGGACUUUGAUGUGAGAAUAAGCACUUUCCUCUAUCAGGAAAUUUCAAGUGUUUCCUGUUACCCAUAGCUCAAUGUAAUGCCUCAGUUCAUUUUCAGUUGUUUGAUUAUAUGUGACUAAUACGUAUUUUUUAUUCAAACAAGACUUGUGUACGUGUUUCUUCAAAACAGUUUAUUAACUGUCUUCAGUCUUGGAUUACAUCAAGUUUAUAAUUUUGGCAAAUUGUUAAGACACUGUGAAGUCAGCGUUAACCAUGUGCAUACAACUUAAGGAAUUUUUUCCUCAUGUAAAUUUUACUUUUCAUGCUUAUAUAGUUUCAACUUUUAUCUUCAUAGUAAUUUGUCAUCUACUCAUAAUACCAAAAGUUAAGUCAUGCUAUUUUGUGUGCUCUCUUGCUAAAGACUGCAGAGACCAUACCUGUUGUCAAAGAGGGUGUAAUAAAUUGUAAUAAUAAUCAUGACCACAAACCAUAAA